AUGUACUUUGCUUACAAGUACUACAAGAAAAAGCGCCAGGAGAAGCGCGAACUGCAAGAGGCAGAGGAGGAGGAGCACCAGAGACCAGCAGCUGCUGCCUCCGGACUGGCCAGCAACAUCAAUGGCGUACCCGUGAGCCGCGAUGGUGUCGUGGCCGGCGACGAGCCCGGCCGUGGCGAGUCCAUCGAGCCCCUGCAACCGGGCACGAAGCCCACGGCCGCCACGGAGAAGACGACGAGGUCCAAGACCAAGAAGGCCGUGCCAACGCCCGAGGAGAAGGCCGCCAAGAAGCGCCGGCGCAUCUACCGCCUCAAGGUGAUCUUCGGCCUCAUGAUGCCAUUCACACUGCAGGGUCUCGACACGACCAUUGUCGCCUCGGCACUGCCCUUUAUUGCCUCUGAUUUUAACCAAAUUGCACAACUCAACUGGAUCAUCUCCGCGUUCAACCUGACGUCUGCCGCCUUUUUGCCCUUUUGGAGCCAAACGGCCGACAUCUUUGGUCGCCACGCCACCAUGCACGCCACGCUCGUCAUCAUGCUCAUCGGCUCAGCCAUCUGCACCGGUGCGCCGACCAAUGCCUUUGGCGUGCUGCUGCUCGGCCGCGCCCUGCAGGGCAUCGGUGCCAGCGGCAUCAACAUUUGCGUGCGCACGAUUCUGGCCGACCGCGUCUCGCUCAAGGAGUAUGCCCUGCAGUGGACACUCUUUGCGCUCAUCUCGGCCUUUAGCUUUAGUGUCGGGCCCGUCAUCGGCGGCUACCUCACCGAAGCAAACUGGCGCUGGUGCUUUGCCAUCAACCUGCCCGUGGCCGUCGUGGCCAUCAUCAUGGUCAUCGUCCUCCUCCGCCACGAUCUUCUCGGCCCUCAGCCGCUGCCCGAGCUGCAGCGCCACGACGUCUCGACCCACCAUGGCCGCUUCUUGGCCCGCAUCAGCACCCUCGACUUUGGCGGCCAGUUCCUGUUCCUCUGGGGUCUGGGGCUCAUCAUUCUUGCUCUCACCUGGGGCGGCAGCAGCUUUGGCUGGAACACCGCCCACGUCCUCGCUCCUCUUGUGGUUGGUUUUGUCUUGACCGUCGCUUGGAUUGUUUACGAAUACCUCAUGAGUCCCGGCCUUGCCGUCGCCCGCGUCUUCCCCACGCAGCGCCCCAUGAUCCCGUGGGAGCUCCUUAGCAAGCGCGACAUUGGACUGCUCUUCUGGAUCAACUUUAGUCUCGGCUCCGCCAUGUUCGCCAACCUGUACUUUUUGGACCUGUACUUUGCUCUCGUCGAAGGCAACAGCUCGAGCAAGGCAGGCCUUUCCCUUUUGUACUUUUUGCCUGGCCUGGGUGUCGGUGCGUACUCUGCCAUGUUCGCUUCCAACGUCUGGCCCCGCCAGACCAUCUACCCUCUGUUGCUGGGCGCUAUCACGUCGGCUGUCGGCAUCACCGUGCUGGCCUAUGCCGUGCACGCUCAGAAAAGCAGCCUUGUCUACGGCAUGAUGGCCCUGUCUGGCCACGGCGUCGGCCUUCGCAUGAAUCCCGGCUCGCUGCACGGCCUGGCCUUCUUCCCCAAGGCGACUGCCGCCAUCACCUGCAUCGUGUCCUUUGCCAUGCCCUUUGGCGGCACCGUCACGCUGACGCUCAUGUCGACCGUCUUCAACAAUAAGGGCGGCGCAUCAACCGACGUCGCCACCAUCCGCAAUGCCAUCAUGUGGGCGUUCAUCGCCAUUAUUCCCUUCAUGUGGGUGUGCGUGGGCCUGACGACGCUUCUAGGCAACGUCUGGAUUCUCAAGGACGACUCGCAUGAGAUUACCAACACGCCCUACCUCUGGAGCCUGCUGUUCCGCAAGCCGAUUGUUCGCGAGAAGCGCACGCGCGGCGACGACGACCAUUUUGCCAACCAGACGCGCCCUGGUGUGACGACCAAGGACGAGGAGAACGUCCUCGCAGAGGCCAGUCUGCCGGACCAGCCCGGUGAGCACCAGCUCUCGGCCAUGGCACCGCAACAGGAGGUGCCACAGCACCCCAACGGAAACCACACGAACGCGUGA